CUUUGUAUGACGAAGUAAUUGGUAGUCGACGACAAUAAUCGCAACUGAUAAUGCCAUGACGGUCUCAAACCCACUCAUUAAAGAAUUGAAAGGGUGGACACGAAAAUUGACCGAAAGCGGUAAAGACAUCGACGAUGAAAAUAAAGAGCUACCUUUCUUCUGUAAAAGUUUAGAAAAAUGCUUGCAGAAAGGCAUACUGAUGCGUUUAAAUCCCAUUGGUUUCCCAAAAUUACCUGAUGCUUGGUACUGGAUGGAAGAGAUCGGAGAGAAACACUUCAGUUCCUGUUGCACUUAUUCCCUGGUGGUAGAGCAAGUUAGACAAAAUCCAAAAGUACAUACACCUACUGGACGUCUCAGACUUUUGAUCAGAACGUGUUUAACGAGAAAGUGCCUUCAUAUGCCCGUUGAAAUGUUGGUCAGGACACCGUUGAUGGCUACAGGCUACUACGAUAAGAACAGUAUUCUGGGCGAUAAUAUCCUUGGAGAAAUAUUUUUGUCGGUGUUAUUGCAAAGCAGUAAAUUCAAUUUUAAACUAAAUUUACGAAAUUCAACUUUUCUGGAUGAAUCUUGGCAAUUAGCAGAUUGCCUGGCGUUAGAAUUAGUGCCAUGCAAAAGCUUGGGUAUCUCCGUAUGUUUCACAAAAGGGAGAGCUUUGAUAGUUAACUUAGAUAAAAAUUCUGUAGCUGCGGAGGACGACAUAGUUGAAAUUGGAGACGUGUUGGACGAAAUAAACGGAAACGCUAUAACGUCUAAUACCAAAGGGCAGUUGCGUAAAUUUAUGAAAAAAGCUGUAGGUCAACCGGUAUAUCUGCACGUGAUUAAGCAUCGUAAUAAAGAGACGCGUGAAUUGUACAUGCCGAUCGUACAUCUUAUAAGAAACUCGGGUAUCGACGGUUUAAAGAAGAUCUUGAGAAGAUUCAGUUCCGAGAUACAGGGCACGAAGAACGAGGAGGCCGAAGCAAGACCUGGAUCAGGGAAUAAGUCGUUGAACGCUGGAUUCUCGGUGAAGUAUUGCGGUCGCGUGUACAUCGGUACCGAGGGAGACGUGAAGCAGAUCGAAAGAGCGAUUCUGGAGGUGUUGAGGUCGGAAGAAUUCAAAUCGAUACCCGUGAAAUUCGAAUGCUUGGAAAUAGGGAUCAGAGUGACUCGUGACUUGGACGACACCAUCGUAUGUAAGCAAAGCUAUAUGGAAAUCUCGUCUUGCGGUCGUACAGGGAAUAUUCCUCAUCAUUUCGCGUUCAUCGCAGGCGACACCAACUGCAAUCAGGCGACCAAAUUCGAUGCGUACGUGUUUCAUCAUCAGAACGAGAGCGAAGUGCAAACAAUAUUACAAAGUUUGGGUCAAGGAUUUCAACGAACUCAUUUUGCGGUUUGAAACCAUCUUGUUUUAUAAAAUAAUAACAAAGUUGAACACGUUAAA